AUGCGCAGGCGCGGCGCAGUGCAGUGAGCGGGCCUGGUCUAAGAUGGCGGUGGGUGAGUGGCUGCGGGGUUUGACGGUGCUGCAGUUGGUGGCCACGUUAUGUUCUGGCCUUUACUUCCACAUCGGCGAGACCGAGAAGAAAUGCUUCAUUGAGGAGAUACCCGACGAGACCAUGGUCAUCGGUAAUUAUAAAACACUGAUGUAUGACAAACAGAGGGAGGAGUACCUGCCUUCUCCUCCAGGACUAGGAAUGUUUGUUGAAGUGAAGGAUCCCGAUGAAAAGGUCAUUCUGUCAAGGCAGUAUGCUUCUGAGGGAAGAUUCACAUUUACCUCCCAUAUUCCAGGAGAGCACCAGAUUUGCCUACACUCCAAUUCCACCAAACUCUCUCUCUUUGCAUCAGGAAUGCUGCGGGUUCACUUGGACAUCCAGGUUGGUGAACAUGCCAAUGAUUAUGUUGAGAUCGCAGCAAAGGACAAGCUGUCAGAGCUCCAACUCCGUGUCAGGCAACUCAUUGAACAGGUGGAACAAAUCCAGAAAGAGCAGAACUACCAGCGGUAUCGUGAGGAGCGUUUCAGGGUGACCAGUGAGAGCACUAACCAGCGAGUCCUAUGGUGGUCCAUUGUGCAAACACUGAUCCUCAUUCUGACUGGGAUCUGGCAGAUGAGGCAUCUGAAAAGCUUCUUUGAAGCCAAGAAACUGGUAUAGGCCAUGAUCACGAUGACCUGUGCUUGAUUGGUUUAAAUACAGAGAAGGCUGACUAGCCAAAAGCACAUUUUCAAUUACACAGUUCAAGCCCUGGCUCGUCGGAUUUUAUCCAGUUUCUUCCCCCUACCCAACUUCCAUGAUAUGCAGUGCUUCCUACAAAACAGUGGCUGUAAAGUGCUUUGGGGUAUCCUGAGAUUUUGAAAUAUGCUGUGUAAAUGCAAAGUUUUCUUUCCAAAUGGAGUUUAUCACGCAAUGGAUAAUGUAUUUGCCGGGUGUGUUUCUGGAAAGGUGCCUUCACUGUUUAAAAAGGCAGCUGUGUCCAAAUUGAGUUGACUGCUUUGUUGCCUCUUUUACCCCAUAUCUUGUUAAGCCAUUGUCAAUCAGUUUUCUUCUCAUCACACCAAAGCUCUGAAUGCUUCAGUAAUAGUGUUCAAAGUGGAGUUAGGCAGUAUUUAAGUGUGCUAAAGUCUGUAUUCCAUGCCCAAUCAAUGAUUGAGCUGUUCAAACAUCCAUUGGCUAAUCUUAACAUUUUUGAAACUAAUUACCAAACAAUGUCCUGUGAACUUGUUUCUAAGACUUAAUUAGUCCAGCUUUUGUGUGACAUUUUUCAUUUGAGCCAUCCUUAAAAAUUGUGCAGGGCAGCCUCGACAUAGCCAGAUGUGAUCAUGGAAGUGUGAGUAAUGCUUUACUUAGUCAUUAAGGAAAGGCUAAGCAAGAGUUAAUUAUUUCUAAAUCUCUGGUUGUUAUUGAAUGACUCUUCAGAGCAAGCAAGUGCUCUGAUUUUCUCGUAAUGUUCUCAGCACUAUAAUUUAUUGACCUUCGUUUGUUUUUGUGAUUGGAAGCAUUGGUUUUGGUCAUAUCAGUCAUUGCAGGUGAAGGACGUAGGAACCACUGUUUACAUGUUACUGUCGGGUUUGGGGCAGGGUGGUGUCCUGUUUCGAUUUGGUUAGAAAAAGGUUGGUGUUCCAUUUAUGCAGCUGCCCUUGAUCUUGAUUGCUUGGAGGCAGCUGUAAAUACUUGUACCAUGUCACUGCUGAGUAUCCGUGAUUGAAUGGUGCAUUGGCAGGAGUAGAUCCCAGAGGUGGGUUCUCAAUCUGACUGCAUUCAAAUUGUUACUAUUUUAGAGUUUUGAACUUUGCUGCUUUUUUUGGAUGGAUAGAGGUUGGGUGGAAAUUUCAUUACAUCGAUCGGGGCUUCUUUUUCUCCAUCUCCUUUAUUUUUAUUAGGGUAGGAAAAUGAGUGUGGCCAUUGCUGUGUUCUACUGUUAGUGACAGUACUGUUUGAGCUUGACCCCAUUGGGUUGCAUUCACCAAGUUUUGCAGUCUAAGAAACUGCUGGGAUGUCAGAGUCUAGGUCUGUUCAUAUUAAUCCAGUAGACCAAAGUACUACUAAUGAUGUAGGACAUCCUUCUGAGUUUGACAGUUCUACACUUUAGGGCAUCUCAUCAUUGAACUGCUGGAAGGGGGAGCCAAGAUGAUUGCAUUACUCAGAUAUCCAGCCUUGCUGGUUUGGUCAUCGAUAUUGGAAGUUUAAACCUUCAUGAUCCAUUGCUGCCAGCAACUUGGUAACUUGUUGGCAGGUUGUUCAAGGCAGAAUUAUGGCUUUCCGCAUACAAACUGUUCUAAAAGCUGAGGCCAUGGCCCCGUCUUCAACAGGCAGUUUCUUUACUUCAUUCGCUGCUUCAAACACGUGCUGUGCUUGUGUGAUAAAUCAGGCUCAUCUAAUCACAGCCGACCACUUUUGCUCUCUGUUUUUGAUUGAACUGUUACCCGUUGUUUGAACCUGGUCAUCGAGUUCUGAUGUUUGAAAAACUUGAAUGAUAAAUAGGUGUGAUUUCUUCUCUUUCAAGGCAAUAACCUAUCACACAUGACUUUCACUGCUUGGGCACCCCUCUUUCUGAAAAAAAUACCAUUUAGGUUGGGCAAAUCGAUUGCUAUUAAUCCAGUCAACUGAGGCCUAUUCUCCCCUGGAUUUUUAUGACUCCUCUUGAGUUUUGAUCUGUACCAAUUCACAUGCACCAUUAGGUCUACACUUCUCCACUUAAUGUUUUCAAGAUUAACAGGCCUAGUUUUCUCAACAUGAGGCAGGAAUCAGAGUUGUGUGCCAUUGUGUGACAAAAAGGUUUCAUUUCAGGUGUCUGGCUAAGUCUGAAAAAGUGGGUUUCCUGCUGGCUUUGACCAAGCCAUCUGAUCGGAAAGUGGGUUCUUAUGUUGCAGACUUUAUGCUGACUAAUUUCCCAGGGAAGAUGCUUUUGUGCUUUAAGAUUUUACAUACAUUCUUUUCAAAAGGAAAUAUAGAGGAGCUGUCUGGAUUGUGAAGUGCAUACUCGAGGCAAUGUUACGCUAAAGGACAGGAUAUUAUUGCUUUAAUCCAUUACUUGCACCACUGAUAUCUUUUACGUGAGAGAUAUCCUUGAAAGUAGCAGCACACCUUUAGCAAGGCUCUGGGCACAGUGUUUGCAAAGCUGAAGUGGAGGGAGAGAGUGUGUGCGAUGCUUGGAAACCAUCAGUCUAAACUGUUGAGUAUCUUAAUUAGUCCACUUGCGAACAUGGAUGAAGACAGCUGUAUUGAAAAUGGGUACUUGGUCUUGGAUACCAAGGUGAAGACAUCUAUAUGUUGUAUGAAUGCCCCAGAAUCAAUUCGCUGAUUUAUAUCAAUGUUGAAAAAAUAAAUAGUGCCUCACUGUAAAUUUCUGCCUGUUUUCAAGUGAACAUUUUCCAUUUUUUUUUCAUCUUCUUAGUUUCUUUUCUCUUUUGGAACUUGAUGCAUUUUAUGUAGAGAUUAUGUUGCUUCAUGAGAUUUGUUCCCUUGUGUUUUGCAGUAACUGUCAUGUACAAGUUCCUGGACCAUUUUUCAGAAGUUCUCAUUUUUGAAAUAAACUAUUUCCACCUUUUUUUUUGAAAAGUUUCUUAUUUCUCAUGCUGGCAACCACCAAAAUGGCAUAAUUUGAAUUUCAGGAAACAAAAUCUUCGGUUUAAUGAUUCUCUACAUGUGGUAAAUCAAAAAUACAUUGCAGCCCAGUGAUUCCAUCAAGCUACUUUGUCAGGUGUUAUUUUGUCACCCUCUGCAUAAAAAUGCUGAGAUACUGAAUCAUAUGAACCAUGCACUGUAGAUCAGAUCUCUCAUCAUAGGGGAGCUCACUGACCCUAACUGGGAUGUAGUGUGAGACUUUAGCACUUUUGGGCAAGGGAGUGAGGGUUAACGUGCAGGAGAGGAAAGAAAUUUCUACUCAUUUUGACCUGGCCAGCAAUUAAUCCCUGCACGUUGAUGUUGAGACUGGAAUUGGGUCAUCCUUAAACCCCUCAAGUAUAAACAGCUUUCUAAACCUUGCUGUCCUGAUAUGUCCGUGAAAAAAGACUAAUCUGUUGAGGUAGUGGGGAGCUUUGAGGGUUUGUGGAUCCUUGGGGGAGUGGUGGAUAGAAAACUGGGAAGAAUGAAAAUCUGUGUCUGUCGAAUUUAAAGUAAUGAAUUAUUUGAUUUCAAUACACUGGAAGUGAACAAUUUGGGUAGAUGUGGGUAAUGUUCUGGUUUCAUCUGUUUGGCUGAGGGAUCCUCUCUAACAGUUAGACCUAGGUGGACAUGUGAAAAUUGUCUGAAUUUCUGGAGCUGACUGCACUUUGAUUUAGACAUCUGUUCAGUAUUUAAAUGGUAUAGUCCAAAUCGCUGUAUCUGAUUGCUCUUUUUUUAAGAAAAAAACAAGAUGGAUUUGUAAAUCAUUUUUAAAUUGAUUUUAUUUUUCACUUAAAAGUUUUAAUAAACGUGUUCAUAUAUCUAUC